AUGCCAACGUCCCGCCAGGCCGUCGCUAGCCUCUAUGGCAAGAUCGCCGAUUAUGAAAACAAUCGACUAGCCACCCAUCCAAUGGAGCGCGAGAUCACUCUACGCGCUGUUUGUCAAGCUCUAGCUACCUCUGAGACUACACAUGCUGAGCGCAAGCGUAUUGCCGACGUAGGAGGUGGCCCUGGGAAAGUAGCCUUUGCACUUGCUGACCAAGGUCAUCAUGUUGAUCUCAUCGACAUAAGUCCCAGCCUUAUCCGACUUGCGGAGGCGGAGCAGGAUCGGCGCGCCGCAAGUGGUGAGAACCUAGCACUUCUUGCGAGCAUUGGUGUAGGCGACGCUUUGGAUAGAAUUCCUCUAACGGAUGCCUCAUACGACGCCGUUCUUCUCUUGGGGCCUCUCUAUCAUCUCCUGGAGGAGACUGAGCGGAAACAGGCGGUCGAGAACGCUCUCAGACUCGCAAAGCCUCAGGGAGGACUGGUUUUCUGCGCGUUCGUCAGUAAGGAAGCUCACCUUAGGGAUCUCGCAAUGCGCGAUCCCGCGAGGCUUGUCAAACAGAGAGAUUUUUAUGCUACCUACCUCACCGACGGCCGUUAUGAAAGGCUGAAUGAGAGUCUCGAAGCAGAAGUACAAUCCUUCCACACGGAUAGCAACAGCAUACGUCGGUUCUUUCAGCGUCACUUUACUGACGUGGCAGAGCUUGUCAGUCUACGCUCUACGGAGGGGAUCCUCGGUGGUGGGCUCGACGCCAAGCUUAUUGAUGCCGACAGUGAAGUCGUAAGGGUAUGGGCAGACUUGUUGUUUGAACAAUACUCCGGGAAAGAAGAGUACCUAGGAUGUGCAGACCAUUUACUUGCCGUCCUGCGCAAGAGGUGA